UGGAUUCCAUUUCAAUGUUAAUCAUAAACUUCCAGUGGUUCUGUUAGUGAACUAACUGAACUUUCUUUCCUGCUCAGGAUCCGGCGCUGAGCACCAUCAGCAACAGAACCAGAGACGCUCGGCCUUCAGCCAAACCACUCACAUCCAUUUUUCUGUCGGCAGCAGCUCUGCAUCCCGGGACGAUUACAGCCAAUUUAUAUCCGAAGCGCUGAGUCCAAUAUAGUGUGUGUCUGGUGGGGGGAGCUGGCAGAGAUUAAAGCUAUUUGUCUCUGCUUAUGGCAGCGACAGAAAGCUGAGAGGGGAGCGGAGGAGAAACGGAGAAAAACAGACUGUGGGACAAAUCCUGGCUGCACUUCCUGAGGAGAGACGGGAUGCUGCUCCACACUUCAGGACCAGAAACCAGGAAAUGUUUGGAGAAAAGGAGAAUAAAAAAAGGCAGCAGAGAUCAUCCCACCUCCAGAACCAGAACUAGACGGGAUAAAAAUGAACCACAAACCUAUGACAUAAACAGUCACAUUAAAGCGGACCGGAUUCUCGUUGAAGCGGACCGGAGUCUCGUUGAAGCGGACCGGAGUCUCGUUGAAGCGGACCGGAGUCUCUCUGAAGCGGACCGGAGUCUCGUUGAAGCGGACCGGAGUCUCGUUGAAGCGGACCGGAGUCUCGUUGAAGCGGACCGGAGUCUCUCUGAAGCGGACCGGAGUCUCGUUGAAGCGGACCGGAGUCUCGUUGAAGCGGACCGGAGUCUCUCUGAAGCGGACCGGAUUCUCGUUGAAGCGGACCGGAGCCUCGUUGAACCGGACCGGAGCCUCGUUGAACCGGACCGGAGCCUCGUUGAACCGGACCGGAGUCUCUCUGAAGCGGACCGGAUUCUCGUUGAAGCGGACCGGAGUCUCGUUGAAGCGGACCGGAGUCUCGUUGAAGCGGACGAGUCUCGAAGCGGACUGAGUCUCAAGAAGCGGACUGAGUCUCUCUGA